UUGGAUUUCGAAAUUUCCUCAGCUUUUAAGUUAAUCGUCUUGAACUUCCCCAGUAUUUCAGCCUUUCCUGUCACUUCAAAGGUCAUGUUAGCAUGGCCCAACGAGUAGGCAGGUUAGGCAGUCAUUCAAAAUUUAGUUAUUACGAAUUGGGUCAUUUUGGAUAGUCUGCCGUCCGAAAGAUCUAUUCUUUGACAAUUGACAGGAUGGACGUUUGGCUUUAUUAGUUGAAUCUUUUGAUUUCAGCCAAAGGACAAAGUGGGUUAUCUUGUGAUGGUUUGGAAGUUUGUGGACCGCGUAGCAUCAUCCCAAGGAGAAAGGAAAUAUCAUAAUUUAAGGGGAAGUUGGGAGUUUCUGUAAGCAGAGAAGAACCAGAUGGAGGAGGAGAAACAGAGUCGUCUUCAUCAUCAUUUCGUGCUGGUCCAUGGAGCUUGCCAUGGAGCUUGGUGUUGGUACAAGGUUGUUCCUUUACUGAAACAAGCUGGCUACAAAGUGACUGCUCUCGACUUGGGAGCUUCUGGGAUCCAUCCAAACCAGGUUACCGAGCUGGGUUCGGUCUCGGACUACCACACACCGCUGAUGGAGUUGAUGGAUUCCUUAACAGGAGAUGAAGAGAAGGUGAUCUUAGUUGGACAUAGUAUGGGUGGUGUUGGGAUAUCUGCUGCAAUGGAAAUAUUUGCAGAGAAAGUAGCUGUUGCGGUGUUUGUUGCAGCUAUGAUGCCAGCUCCUCAUCCUGGUGUCGGCUACUCUGUUACAAAAGAAGAGUGUCUCAAGCAAAUGGAUUUCAUGGAUAGCCAAUUCUCAUUCCAUGAUGGUCCUGAAAAUCCUCCGACCAGUGUAUUGUUUGGACUCAAGGCAAUGUCAACUAAAUUGUACCAGCUCUCCCCGCCUGAGGAUUUAACACUGGGAAUGAUGCUUAUAAGACCCUGCCCUUUCUUCAACGAUGCGGAAACAGAAGCUGAAAUAGCCCUGACAAGCGAGAAAUAUGGAUCAGUUCCUCGAGCUUAUGUCGUCUGUGAAGCAGACGAAAUUAUCAAGCCGGAUCUGCAAAGGUGGAUGAUCGAGAACAACCCAACUGACGAUGUCAAACCCAUAUCUUCUGCUGAUCACAUGGCAAUGUUCUCAAAACCACAUGAGCUCUGCACUUACCUUUUGGAGCUUGCCAGCAAGUAUGUUUGAUGAGUGAACGAUUGCCUCUGGCUUCGCCGCCCGUGGUAAAAGUUGAUCUGACAAAUUUAUAGAGUGCUACUGAAGUGUAAUUGUAUGUUGUGGUUGAUCUUAAUGUGAAAAAGGCGAAACCUUUCUGAGGGCUGACGGAGCAGGGUUCCUUUCUCUUCUAUAAUUAAGCGGCCGUUGAUCCAUGUCUGGAGAAGCGGCAGAGUUCCUUUCUCUUCUUAGUGACAAACGGAAACAAAUAUGUAUGAAAUAUGAAAUCAUAUUUCUCGUUCCAGAAGCGAGUUCAUUGUACUCGGUCUCUUACAGGAAUUAUGGUUGGUUGGUUCUUUAUUGCAGGUUGACAAAAAUUGAGGAACUCUGCGGCAAUCACGAUGACUUUUCCUAGGCUACUUGCUUAGAAAGAACUAUCUUUUCCAGUUGAAGGAGAGAUCAUUAUAAUAGGUUGCUAGAGUUCAACUCGAUAUUCCAAGGUGUGGCUCCAAGUAACCGUGAAGGUUCUCCGAUUCUUCAACCUUAAUAACCUUUGUUUAUGGACGAAAGGUAAAAUUUUCGAAUUAUGCUCCUUCCUCUUGCGGGCUUUCAUUAUACGCAAUUGCAGAAGUUGCAUAAUUUUUCUGACCUAGUGGGACUGGCCGCACUGGUCGGCCUGACGGGUGUUCCUAUUGGUAGUCAAUAGACGUUUCUGGUUGCU